AUCUACAAGUUCAAAAUCGGCCGAAAAAAGGCGUCAUCAACACUUGGGGGUAUUCCACUUCUUACAAAGUUACAAUCGAUCGAUUUUACACAUCAAAUUUGCUAUCACCGAAUUUAGCGAAGUAGUUUGCUUCAAUUUAGUUAAAACCCUUUCACUGUAUGUUUCCCCUCUAUUCUAAUCAACCUAACACUCAGCCAUGGCGUCUUCUGCUUGUGUUAGAUCGUAGUAGAUGAGAUCAAAGGCGUUUUUAUGAUGGAUUUCACAGAAAAGGAACUAUGUGUGCUAUGUGAGAGAGGCGGGAAGCUUUUGGUCUGCAACGACAAUGGCUGCCCUAUAUCUGUUCAUGAAGAUUGCAUGGGUUGCAGCCCUCGAUUCAAUGAAACUGGCAACUUCUGUUGUCCUUACUGUGUUUACAGACGACUGACUACAGAAACAUGUCAAUUGAGAGAUAAAGCCAUGUUAGCAAAGAAAGCUUUGUCAUCUUUCUUAGGUGAAAAUGUCGCUCAAAACCAAUCUAAAUCUUUCUCUUCACCAUGUGAAAGUAAACAUGAAACCUCUGUAUCUGAGGAAACUGAUCGGAUUCCUAACAGGAAUGGAGAAUUUUCUGGUGUUUGUGAUGGUAGUACAUGUAGGAUUAUGGUUGUUUAUGAUGGUGAUGCAUGUAAAGAACAGGGGAUGAAUGCUAAAAGGGUUCCAGUUGAGGAUGAAGCAGGGAGUUCUGAGAAGAAAACUACUGCAUUCAAUGGAAAACCACCAUUGUUGAAAGGAAAGCGUAAAAGAUGGAGUGAAGAAGAAGAAGAUAUGCUUAAGGAAGGAGUUCAAAAGUUCUCAGCUACAGCCAACAAAAACUUCCCUUGGAAGAAAGUUUUGGAAUUUGGUCGUCAUGUUUUUCAUACAUCACGGACACCUUCUGACUUGAAGGAUAAGUGGAGGAAUAUUUCUAAAUAGAGAUCAACAAAUUCACACUUUUGUUUUUGUUGUUUUUUUUUCAAAAACAAUCUAUGAACCAAAUGCCCAUCUUAAUGCCUCUUUAGGUUUUUCCAUA